AUGAUCAGGAUCUUCCCGGACUUCAGCGUGCAGGUGUCGGCGUCGGCUACCGGCGGAGGGAUGGUGAGCGGAGCCGCCAACGGAAGCCCGCAGAGCGCGCACGGACUCCCGGGCUACCAGCAGAGCGACCCCUACUGGGAGCGUCCGGCCAACGCGGGCAACUGCUCCGCCGCCCGGCCUAAGACCCUUCACCUGGCCGGAGGACAGCAGCAUACCUCGUCUCCAUGGCUGCAGGCGCUCCGCAAGGAGAAGUCUCGGGACGCGGCGAGGUCGCGGCGCGGGAAAGAGAACUUUGAGUUCUACGAGCUGGCCAAGAUGCUUCCGCUGCCGGGCGCCAUCACCAGUCAGCUGGACAAAGCGUCCAUCAUACGCCUGACCAUCAGCUACCUGAAGAUGAGGGACUUCGCCAAUCAGGGGGACCCCCCCUGGAACCUGCGCAUGGAGGGACCGCCCCCCAACACGUCCGUCAAAGCAAUCGGCAACCAGAGGAGGAGGACUCCCAGCACGUUGGCCUCGGACAUCUUCGAGCCGCACCUGGGCAGCCACAUCCUGCAGUCUUUGGACGCGUUCGUAUUUGCGCUGAACAAGGAAGGCCGCUUCCUGUACAUCUCGGAGACCGUCUCCAUCUACCUGGGACUCUCGCAGGUGGAGCUCACGGGCAGCAGCGUUUUCGACUACGUGCACCCGGGCGACCACGCGGAGAUGGCGGAGCAGCUGGGCACGAAGCUUCCGCCCGGGCGGGGCCCGUCCCUCUGCGCUGGCGCCGCCAACGAGGACGCCGCGUCGUCGGCGUCGUCGGCGUCGCGCCCCGAGACGCCCGAGCCAGCGGAGUCGAGCAGUCCGAGCGGCCUGUGCCCGGACGGCUGUCUGGAACGUUCCUUCUUCAUCCGAAUGAAGUCCACGCUCACCAAGAGAGGCGUCCACAUCAAGUCGUCCGGAUACAAGGUGAUCCACGUGACGGGUCGCCUGCGCAUCCGGAUGACGCUGACGCACAGCCGCUCGGUGCCCAAUCAGGUUAUGGGCAUGGUGGUGGUGGCGCACGCGCUGCCGCCGCCCACCGUCAACGAGGUGCGCAUCGACUGCCAGAUGUUCGUGACGCGCGUCAACAUGGACCUCAAAUUCGUCUACUGUGAGAACAGGAUCAGCGACUACAUGGACAUGUCGGCGGCAGACGUCGUGGGCAAACGCUGCUACCAGCUGAUCCACGCCGAGGACGCGGAGGCCAUCAGGCAGAGUCACGUCGAGCUGAUGAGCAAAGGCCAGUGCGUGACCAAUUACUACCGCUGGAUCCAGAGGAGUGCCGGCUACAUUUGGAUCCAGUCCAGCGCCACCAUCGCCAUCAACGCCAAGAACGCCAGCGACAAGAACGUCAUCUGGGUCAACUACAUGCUCAGUAACCACGAAUACAAGGACACGCCCAUCGACCUGGGCCAAAUGCCGAGCCUUCCGGAAAAGAAUUCAGAAACCUCCGAAUCCUCGGACUCGGACUGCGCGUCCAAAGAGAAAACUGACAACGAGAAGGCGGCGGGUAAGCUCAACCAACCAGAGCGCAGCGAGGACGCGCAGGCGCAGACCCGGCGGCAGCAGCAGCGCCGCAGCCAAUCGCAGUGCUCGUCCGAGCAGGAAGCGAAGCGGCCGGAGGAGCGUGACACAUCCAGCAACGCUGACAGUCCAGAUAGCAACGACAGCCUGGACGCUUCCGACGCAGAACCGGACGAGCCCGAGGACUCCGGAGGGGCCGGGAUGGGUGGCGUCCUGGGCGGCCUUCACAUCAAAGUGGAGCAUUAUGGCGAGGCGGAGGAGGAUGUUCAGCCCUCACAGUCGUCUUCGUCAGAGGAGGAGGAGGAGGAGCAUGAUGAAGAAGAUGGGGGCGCCAUGGUGGGCGGCGGCAUGGAGAAACUCCAGCAGCGGAAGAGGCGGAAAGUGCAGAAGUGGGACAGGACGCGAAGCAGGAAGUUGCGUCUCUCCUCCACGACAACCAGCCCGGCCGCGACCGACGGCACCCCGCUGCUGGAUGCCGCCCAGGCCGCCGACCCCAAUCCCUCGCACCUCCUCGCCGCCGGCUCCCCGGGCGGCGGCACGCUAUCUUCGGUCCUGAAGAUCAAGACGGAAAUGUCGGAGCCCAUCAACUUCGACAACGACAGCAGCAUCUGGAACUUUCCGCCUAACCGCGAGAUUUCCCGCAACGAGUCCCCGUACAGCAUGACGACGGCCAAGCCCGCCACCCCGGCCCCCCUCAAGCAGGGCGGCUCCCUCCAGGUUCCCAUCCCCGACGCCGUCCUGACACCACCCGCUACCGAGGGCGGGGCCGGAGCCAGGAAGCCUCCUUACAACGGAAGCUCGACCCCGUCCGGCUUAGCGCCCGCGGAUCCCCUGUCGCCGCCUCUCUCGGCGUCCCCCCGGGACAAGCAGCAGGGUACCCCCACCACCACUUCCUCCUCUUCCUCAUCCUCCUCGUCGCUGCUGUGCUCGCGCGACCUGGAGGCACUGCAGCGCUUGCAGUCGGGCAACGUGGUGCUCCCGCUGGUUCACCGCGUCGCAGGCACCCCGGCGCCCACCGGUAGCACGCCGCCCCGCAUGUACACCACCGGGACCAUCCGCUACGCCCCCGCGGACGUCACGCUAGCCAUGGCACCGGGGAGCCUGCUGCCUAACGCCUCGGUGAACUUUGCGGACGCUCCGGGUUUCGGCCUGGACCCCAAGACGCCCAUGGAGAUGCUGUACCACCACGUGCACCGUCUCAACAUGUCCGCCGCCGCCGCCACCACGGGACCUUUUGGGGGCUCCCCGGUGCCCUCCGGAGGCACGGGCGCCCUGGCGGCCCAGAUGCCCACGGCCGCCGCCAACGUGUUCACCACGGCCGACGCCAUUUUCUCCACGCUGCCGUUUCCCGUCUACACGAACGGCAUCCAGGCUGAGAGGAAGGAGGACUAGAGGGGACCGGCCCAGACCGGAGACCGGGUUACUGUGCUUUCCGACUCUACUGUGUCGCCGGGCAGGAAGUGAGAAAGGAAGGGAAGAAGGAACGGUGCUGGGAGGGAAGGAAGGAAAGUUGGAAGAAUUGAAUUGGAAGAAUGAAAUUAGAACACGAGGGAAGGAAGGAAAGAAGGAGGGAGAGGGUAGGAAGGAUGAAAGUCAGACUCAAAAGAUAGGGAGGGAAUGAAGGAAGGCUGGGUGCAAAGAGGAUAGGAAGGAAGGACUAAAGGAGGGUAGGAAGGGUGAAAGGAGGAUAGGAGAGAAGGAAGGAAAGUGGAAGAAGGGAGGCAAGGAACGAAGGAAGGAGGGGAUAGUACUAUCCCUCCUAUUCUCCUGGGAAGGAAGGAGGGAAUAAGAGGGUAGGAAGGAUGGAAGAAGGAUUGAAGGUCGGCAAUAACAAAAGAGGACAGAAGGAAGGAAGGGUGCAAGGAGGGUAGGAAGGAUGAUAGCGAGGAAAGAAGGGAGAAGGAUAGAGGGAAGGGAGGUUACAGGGAUUGAAGGAAGGAGCGCCAAACCUUGUGUAGCACUUUUUUUAACUCCUCGCUUCUUUCGGCCGCCAUUUUGCUCCGCCGCCAAUCUAGCUGAUGAUUGUUAAUGUCAGCACUUCCUGUUCGUCAUCACUUCCUGUUGUCGCUGGCCACGAUCAAAACAACACAAAACUGACAAACAAAAACAAGCGACUUGAGAAUGUGGAACUACUUCCUGUUGCGUCAUCUCGCCCCGUCGUCCAUCUUGGAAUUUCAAUGACGACACAUGUGGUGCUACAACAAGAUGGCCGUCGUCGUUUCAGUGACACUGUGGUUAAGCGCUUAGCAUAGAGGCGAGUCAGCUAAUUCGUUAGCAUUGAUGCUCAUCAGCUGGCGUUGAUGCAAGUCAAGCUCGUGUUGUGGCUAAUCAGUUAGCAUUUAUGCUAAUCGUUAACAUUGAUGUUAAUCAAUUAGCAUUGUUGCUAAUCAGCCAGCGUUGAUAUCAGUCAGCUGGCAAUGAUGCUAAUCGGCCAUCACUGAUACAAAUCGGCUAGCAUUGAUGGUAAUAGGUUAGCUUUGAGGCUAAUUCGCAGACCUUAAUCAGUUAGCAUUGAUGCUAAUCAGCUAGCAUUGCUCCUGUCACUGGUUCACAUUGAUGCUAAUGAACUAACAUUAAGGCUAUCUGGUUACUAUUGAGGCAAAUUGACUAGCUUUGAUGCUAAUCAGCAAGACUUGAUGUUAGUCAGUUAGCAUUGCUGCUGUAAUUGCCUCAUAUUUAUGCUAAUUAACCAACAUUGAGGCCUUGAUGUUAAUCAGUUAAGCAUUGAUGCUCUUCACCCACUGGCAUUGACGUUAAAUCGCCAUUGUUACUAAACAGCUGGCAGUGGUGUUACUUGUUUGGUGAUGAUGCUAAUAGGCUAGCAUUGACUAAUCAGUUAGCCUUGAUGUUAAUAGGUUAGCAUUGAUGCUAGUCACCAACUAGCAUUGACGCUAAUCAGCUUGUAUUGAUGCUAAUUAGUGGGUAUUGAUGUUAACUGGUUAGCAAUGAUGCCAGUCAGCGAACAUUGCCGUUACUUGGUUAGCUGUGAUGCUGAUUAGCUAGCAUUGAUGCUAAUUAGUUAGCUUGGCUAACUUGAAAAAUGAAUGUCUUGGACUCGGACCGGUUGCUGUUUGUUUUGACACGUGUUUUCCCGCACUACUACUACUUCGGGAAUCUCCUCGGCCAACUUCGGGCAAGACAAUCGGCCACUUCCGGCGCAUCGCCGUACUUUGGAAAACCGACCGUCUGACCGACCGCACAUCAACUGGACGCCUUGUUGCCAAAAAAAAAAAAAAAAAAACAGAGGAAAAAAAACAAACAAACGUGUGCACUGUGAAUCGACAUCAUUUGUAUUUUUUGCUAAGAAGACGAAAAAAAAUGAUCCCGCAAAAAUGUGCUCAGCGCGUAAAAAGUGGUGUUUUUUUUGUUUAUCCCUCCGCCCCGCCGUGUUUUUGGUGUGGCUCACGGCCACUUCCUGUUCCUGUGCGUGUUGCUCUGUGCCGUGUGUGCGCUGUCGCCGCCGCCGCCGCUUUCGUCGCGCUGUCGUCGUCGUCGUCGUCGUCGUCGUGUCUUCUCUGUGCUCUCGUUCGUGUGACCCCAAACCAACCCAGGGAGGUUUUGGAGGUUUGUGUGCUGCAGGGAAUUACAAAGAAAAUAAGGAAAACAUUUUGUACUUUCUUCUUCUUGGUUGUUAGUUUUUUUUUGUCUUUUCUUCUUCUCUGCUUUGCUUUUGUGCCGUUAUCUUGUUGACAAACUGUCCGAACGCUUCGUGUGGGCCUCGCAAAGCAUUCUGAGCCUCAACAGCCCCUUUCGCGCUGUCAUUUUUGGCGUAACGGUCGGACAUCGACGCGGGCUUGACACGGAUUCAGAUAAUUAGAUGAUGAUUAUCUCGUUGACUGCCGGCCGUCUUGAAGCGCUUCGACCGAUCAAGACCCACAGAAUACUUUGUUCUGCGACAAAAUAAGCAGCCAACUUACCAAAAGAAAGAAUAGACUUACCAGUCAAAAAAGGUGCUUUCUGUCAUUUUCCGUUUUUUAAGAAUGAGGAGCAAAAUGUGGGUCACCAAAAACACCCGUUUCUGACCAAAAAGCAGAGAAAACGAGCUUUCUGUGAAAAGAAACGUAAUGCAGAACAGUAAUAACUUUUGCUUGAAACAAACAAACAAUAUUUAAAUAAAGCAACAACAACACUGAGAAAAGGCUUUUGAUGGCAAAAAAUAUAGAUAUUUACAGAUAGUGAAAAAAGAACAAUUCCUAGCCCAAAAGAAAAACAUGAAUAAGCGUGCUAUCGGGUCCAAAAUUGCAAAUGCAAAAGGCGGUGGGCGCCUCACAGUUCUGAGGACCGUGGCUCAAUCCCCGGCCCCGCCUGUGUGGAGUUUGCAUGUCCUCCCCGCUCCCCAAAACAUGCGUGCUAGGUUGAUUGAAGACUCUAAAUUGCCCGUAGGUGUGAAUGUGAGCGCCAAUGCUUGUUUGUUUCGAUGUAUGUUCCCUGCAAUCGGCUGGCGACCAGUUCAGAACAUUCUUCUGAACAUGAACUAUGUCAUCUUUAACCCAAAAACGUAGUUCUUACAAUAUUUUACAUCGAUUGACUGAUUGGACGAAACGACCAUUUUAGUUUGAACCCGCAUAUUCGACGUUCAACAUUUUGCCCAUUUCUUGGGGGAUACCUAUCCCGUCUUAUUUGCGGUACUUUUUUCCCCAGUGCCCUGCUUCUUAGCAUUUUUUCCAGGGGUAAAAAACGGAUAGCAAUCAUGAUGAUUGUCAAUUAUUCCCAAAUUUCCGCGAUUGGCGCUCACAUUCGGCCCCUGACCCGCACGAAUGGCCAAAAUGUGUCAAUAAUUGCUGCUCAUAAAAGCAUCCCUUCAUUUUGCGUAGCGCUCAUCUUCGCUCGGCUGUCGGGUGUGCUGGCGCCGAUCUCGGCUGCCGCUCAUCAUAGCCGUGAAAAUCUUGAAAUUCUUUUUCCUCGAAUAAGCGGGGGAUCGGGAAAAAAAUGGCACGACUUGCACUCGAUGCUCCCUGCGACCUCCCACUGACCCGAUUGUGCGUCUGCGCCUUCCGUACGGAAACGCAACGUGCGGCAACGGGGACUCGCAUAGCCAGCGUGAAAAGGGCUCCCCCGAUGUUUUGUAGUCUUGUGCGCACGCCCCUAAAUGAGCCGCCGGCCGGCCGCUUUCACGCCGCCUUCCCGGCCGAUUGCCGCGUCGCAGACUCGGACGGUGGCGCCGGCGUUCGAUCAUCAGUGACGAUUGUUAUUUUGAACACAAAGGCCCGCUACCUCCGAAGACGUGGAAUUCGCAGGUCGACUUCCAGCCGGUUUUGUCGGGCGACGGGAAAGCAGCUGAAAGCGAUGUUUCGUACGGCGCGCGAAACGAGACGCUGCCCCCUGCGCCAAAUGGACGCCGACGCCAGCAACGAGCGGCAUUCGCCGGCCCGCGCCUUCCCCGCGCACCGCGGGACGUCGCCCGGUCACACGGCCGUUCGCUCAUUCGGAUAAUUGGACGCUGACCGUUGCGGUCAACACAAAGGGGCGUGGCCACGGGGGUCUUUGUCACACUCGGGCGCUUUAUCGCUCUUCCCUUUCACGCGUUUUCCACCACGACGUCGGCCGUCCGUCCUGCGGCGGUCGGCUUUGGCGAUUCUUCGAGUCCUUUCUUGUGGCUUUUCGUCAAACAAAAUUCGCGACUAAAAGUAGCUGGACAAUUUCAAACGUGGACGUUUCCGUUCCGCCUUUCGCGAUUGUUCCACAGCAGAAAUAAGUCACCUCCGUGUUCUGAUUAGGGGCCGACCGAUAUGGAUUCUUUUUUCCGGCUGAUUCCAAUAUUAAGUAGUAAGAGUAAAAGUUCUGAUAACCCACUGUCAAUAAUAAAUAAUGCUUGAAACAAUAAAAAUCUGAAUUACAGGGAGAACAUUUGACUGUUUUACAAGACUUUGUCCUUUAGGGGAAAGUUACUGUUUUACAGGGUCAUCUAUUAUUAUCAUCAUCAUUAUGAUUAUUAUUAUUAGGAUUGAGAAUGCCGCACGGCGUUCGACCGGUUAGCACAUCCGCCUCACAGUUCUGAGGACGCAGGUUCAAAUCCGGCCUGGCCCGUGUGGAGUUUGCAUGUUCUCCCCGUGCCCGUGUGGCUUUUCUCCGGGUUCUCCGCUUUCCUCCCACAUCCCAACAACGUGCGUGCUAGGUUCAUUGAGGACUCUAAAUUGCCCGUAGCUGUGACUGUGAGUGCCAAUGGUUGUUUGUUUCUAUGUGCCCUGCGAUCGGCUAGCGACCGGUUCAGGGUGUAUCCCCCCCGGAGAUAGCUGGGAUGGGCGCCAGCACGCCCGCGUGAGGAAAAGCGCCACGGAAAAUGGAUGGAUGGAUGGAGGAAACAGACUCAAGUCACUUGUUGUGACUUUGUCGCCAUCCAACAUCAAAGGGGCGUAAAAGCGGCUGACGUCCGACCCGUUUCCCAGAAUGCUUUGCGGCUCGGUGCAAGUGUUGCGUGUAUUACGUUGGCUUCUUGCCAGAUGAGAAAAAAAAGCAAAAGAUGUUUACAAUCGUUCUAAAGAAAGACGAACAUUGUUCAAAUAAAAAUCUAUUUUUCCAUCACGAGUGACGCCACCGCUCCCGUCCAAGUGUGUAGCGACCAAUCGCAGGACUCAAAACUGAGUGGAAAGCAAAAUGCAAUUUGCCUUUCCCGCGGGACCGCUGAGCGCACGUUAGCUCUUCCUUUUGUAGCCUUCGAUCGUGGGCGGCCCAGAAAUACACGAAACACGCGCACGCGUGGCCAGAAAAUGCGAAGCGCCUUCUUGGAAUUCUUCAAAUUCUUGGAAAUGUUCGAAUUCUUCUUCCUGGCGUUGUUCUUCUUUCCGUGUUUGUGUGUAAAGACGUAAAACCGGCGGCUGCCGUCCCCAUCAUUUAAGUGUCAACAAAAACUGUGUCUGUGUUUUGGAAAUUCUUCUUCUUCUACAAACUCUUUUGAUAAGAAGACAAAGAAAAAGCUCUUCUCUUACUAUCUAUGUUAACAGUGUUAUUCAAGAGUUAAAAAAAAAAAAAAAAAAAAGAGUAAAUAAACUAGGGUCCAUUUGUAUUUUUUUCCUGGCCGAAGAGGAGGAAGACAAACACAACGCUAACAUAGAGUGCCUGCCUUGUUUUUUCUUUUCUUUUCCUCUUCUACCGUUUGUUGUUCUGCCAUCGAAAAUGCUGCAAAGCGAGCGUGCACAAACCUCAUUUUUGUAACGGUUCUUCUUUUCUACGUUUACUAAGUUGUCACACGGCGUCACUACGACAUCUGGCAGGAGACCUUUUCACAAUAAAAACAAGUUUCUCUUCAA